AUGGACCUCACAAGCGCGAUACAGGCAUGGGCAACGUUCAACGCAAUUCCGGCAACCACGGUGCUGGCGUUUGUGCGACCGGAAUGGAGUCUUGUAACGGCGCGGAGUUUCUUGAACAAUCACAAAGGGACAUUACACCUGGGUACAUGCAGCUUCGGUCGGCGAGGCAGGCCCAUGUUAGCAGUGCGGUGUAACGGAGACACGCAACGAUUGCUGCACGUUGCCGGCGUCCCAGGGGACAAAACAGAGGCGUUUUGGCGUUCAGAGCUAGGCCUGGCGAUGAAUCCCAGCUCAGAUGCCCCCCAACGCGGCGCCGCACCUACAACGUACGAACCUCCCUGCUGCCAUGCUAGUCCCGGCUCAUGUGGGUGCAGUGGGUCCGCUGAGGCCGGAGUGCCAGUGGCAACGCCGUCAGCCGUGGCAAUACUGGCAGAGCCACAUCAGCUUCCACAGCACCAAAAUCCUACAUUUCAGGCCCAGACCUCGUAA